AUGGAAUCGUGUUCUGGAGUCUCCGACUGCAGCAAACCACUGAGAAUCAAUAUUCAGCUUCGUGAGGACGAUGUGCACGACGAAGAGGUAGGUGUCGGGGAGCCUAUUGUGCUCGAUUCGGUAAGCUUUCAGGGUCUGCGGGCGGUCUCGGCGCACGUUCUCCGUGCCGCGGCCGCGUUGAAUUGGCGAGUUGCUGCUCUCCGUCUCCCUUCACGUCCCGCCGUCGGACGAUUUCGCCGCCGCCUCCAGACGCCGCGCGCCACGUUCUCCGACCCCGGAGAACGUCGCGUCUUUGAUUCUGCCAACAUCCCGGCGGCGGUGUUCCCGCGCACGUGGAAUUCUGGGCCUGCGCGGACGCCGCCGUGGCAACUUGUUCAAGUCGUCGGACAGCUUCCCCGCCACCGUCUACGUCCUUCCCUCUGCCGCGCGUCGUCUUUCAACGCCCAGCAUGGUCUGUUCCGCGCACAAGUCGGCCUAGGCGAUGAGUAUACAGAAAUUCGCUCGCCGAGCGGGCUAAUCCGGCCUUCUCUCCUCUCUACACGCCACAUUUUCGUCCGCCGAGCCAGUAAAUCCGACUCGCUCGCUGCGCGCCAGGUUUUGUCGCUGCACCUCACGCCUGAUCGUCGCAUUCCACGCCACCAGGACGUCUGGGACACCACUUAUUCCACAAACGCACACCAAGACGGCUCAAGCGCUCGAAGCGCUGAAGCAAUGGAUCUUCUUCCGCCGAGCGGGUAUAUACGACUCGCUCGCUGCGGCCAGGCCUUCCCUCCGCACGCCACACCUCAUCGUUGCGUUCCCCGCCUCAUCGUCGCAUUCCACGCUACUAGAACGCCUCAGACAUCACUUCGUUCACAACGGCUCGAGUGCUACAAGCGCCGAAGCAAUGCAUUUGCGUCCGCGGAGCGGGUUAUUAAGACAUGCUCGACAGAAGCCUACGCCUUUGCGCGGCCUUCCCACAUCCCCGACCACUCGACCGCGCUUAUGACGCUCCCAACACUUCUUUGCAACCUCGGCAGCGCUGUCAAGAGCCAUCUCAAUGCGCUCCUACCUGCCUCCCUCCCUCACGACCUCCCCGAGCGUCGAAGCAACGUAUCGCCGUCCGCCGAGCAGCCUAAUAGCGUCCCAUCAACGUAUUUGAGACUGCGAGAGUCCCCGAGUCCCCCGAGCACCGCCUCAAGUCGUGAAGCAACGUAUCAAUGCCCCGCGAGCGAGAGGAUUGUUUCUGCACUUCCUGUCUUUGUCUGUACUUCAUAG